AUGGAGAGUCCGACGAAAAGACCGCGGCUGGAUCGCAGUCCAGAACCCGAAGUCGACCCCAACGAAAUGGAUCUGCAGGAAGCCCGGGCCCAGAACGAUCUCCGUUUGAAAUCCAUCUUCGAGAGCAUCUUUGAAAAAUACGGCAAGGAUUUUACGGAGGUGGGAGACGAAAUAGAUCUGAAUACGGGCGACAUUAUCGUGAACAAUGGCCAUAUCUUCACGAUGGAAGGGGAGGAUGACACCGGUGAAAGGGUCGAUUGGAUGUCUGAUGAUGCGGACUCGCCGGCUUCGAUAUCCCACGGACAAGACAGCGAGGAGGACCCGGACCAACAAAUCACGGCCAGGGGCAUUGCCGACUACAUGGAGUCCAGAUUUGGAAGCUAUGGGCCCAGACGCGACGAUAUACAACCUGAGGACCUUCCCAUCAAAACCGAACCGGAGACAAAACAGAGCCCGACCGAAACAAGGGGCCCGCAAGAUGAACCCCCGCUGGCAGAUUCAGAAGCAGACGACGACAUGGAUUCGGUAGUGUUUGUUCAGAUGAAUGUCCAGAGCGCUCCAAAACAUUCGCAACCGGAGACAAAGACCACUGAGACUGGCACAGAAAAAGCAAAAUUCGCGCCCGGAACGUCUACCCAAUCCCUGAACAGGCUACCUGAGCCUGUGGAGUCAAUUUGGCGCGUUCCUGAGAUUGACGCAGACUUCUCCACGCCUGUGCCACGGAGGUCGCGUCCAACUUCCUCCUUCAGUGCUGUACGCUCUGCAUCUCCACCCGGGAGACGCUCCCUUUGGGCACUGCCCUGGACGAAACAAAGACGCAGUACCGAUGCUACAAAGAAGAGAAGCGCCAAGAAGCCUCGAAGGACGAAAAAACACCAAUCCAGCCCCGCCGUGUACGACUGGUCCUUUGCAGAGACCGCCGAUGCAAGCGACUCGGACGACCCGUUGCAAGACAAUCACCAGCCUUCUCCCACGCCCAAACAAGCUCUUACGAUCAGAGGGAAAUGGGAAGGUUCGGGCACCCCGAGUCGCACAACAGAUCGAUGCGACUUCUGUAAGAAGACGUUCAGUCGGGAUGGUUACAUAGCCCACCUCCGAGCUGUCGUGGAAUCUGGUUCGCCGGACGACCAGCAUGAUGCAGCAAAAGCAUCGAAGAGGUUAGGUGCGAUUUCAAAAGACGUUCCGGAAACGCCGAAAACUGUUACGAAACAUGCUCCGUCGAAUACUGCUCAGAUGACAGACAUGCAAAGUCUAGACGAUGCAGCCACGCACCUGACACCUACGAAGCCCGUUGGACCCGCUUAG